AUGAAGGGUUCCGAUGGCUCACAGCUAGAAUCUACUUUCCACUCACCGUUUCAGUCAUUUAUAGUCACUAAAGAAUUACCACUCACGAGUACGUGGUUUCGUCCGAUUGAAGCCAGCAACUCUACCAGCUCUGUACAACAAACAAAUCCCAAUUUGACUGCAUCAGCAAAUGUGGAACAUCAACAGUCCAGUGCGGAAUUAUCCACCAAAUUCAGUACUGCAAUGCAACCGUCACUGAUUUCAUCGCAUUUUCAAACUGCAUCCCAUUCACCUUUCACUAUAACAAAAUCUCCUCCUGAAGAAACUUUCGCAAUUCAGACGGUCAAUCCAAAUGAUGGAAUCUACACUGAUGGUUCGCAAACCGACAGUUCAGCGGUUCUUCAAACAACUAUCGCAGUUAUGCCUUCGAGUGGCGCAGAAACCCCGCGUUCACCAUUUGACACGGAUGACGCGAACAAUCAGAAGACAACUGAAGAUAAUCUACUAUCCUUGGCAACAUCAGGAAAGCCCGAUUGGGACUUUGACCGGACAGUUGUUACUUCUGAAUUAGAAACUCCAAACGUAGAUGACGGAAGUGCAUUUCCUGGGAUAAAUGGAGAAAACCCUGAAGAUGAAUCGGGACUCACAGAGGGUCAUAUUCUUCCUUCACACGAGUCAGGUUUGAAUGUAGGUCACCGACCCCGAGAGCCAAUUGAAUCCGCAUUUCCAUCCACUAUUGGACCAGCAACCACUGAAUUUGUGAUCUCACCAGAUAGCACUCUUACGGAUCUCCAAGCAACCUACUUAACUCAUCCUGAUACAAUGUUAACAUCCGGGGCAGGAAAGGAAACAGCAACAAGUGGCAUUUACAUCACGCAUCCUGAUAAAAUGUUACCAUCCGAGAUAGCAGAGGAAACAACAGCGGAGAGCAUUUCGUUUCCAGAACCUAGCAUAACUUAUCCAGUGACUGCGCUCACCACCGAAAAUGGAGCGAUUGACGCUGAAGUGCCAACCGUUACGAAUCCUGAGAAGAGCGAGUCGAGUCUGGAACAUGUUGCAUCGGUUCAAGAAACCGUAUCAAUAGCAGUAGUAAGCACAGAAAGUGCGAGUAAAUCAUCGGAAUCGACUGAACUCAAUGCCACUCAACCACCCUCUAUUAACAACGAUUCUGUUUCCUCCACCACUGAAACUGUUGAAUCUCAUGAAACGGCAACUGUUGAACGUCUCGCAACGGAACCUGUAACGUCCACCACGUUGACCGCUCUUUCCAUCGAACAUUCUAAUCAAGCAACGUCAACGUCUCUAUCCGCACAAUCGUUUGAUUCUUUAACUCACGGGUCCUCCAGUGGAUUUGAGAAUGAAAAACAACUCGCUGAAAUGGCUUGUCGACUCAGUGAUACAAGACCGAUCUGGAGUAUUAUUUGCGAUCUGAGCAAAACUGCUCAACCUAUAAAGAAGCAUCGAUCUUGA